AACAUCAGGUUAAAGUUGCUCUUAACUGCUGUUUAGUAAACUCCUGUCAUGGCUGCUUAAUAACCUUCCCUUCAGAAAGUGAACUUGUUGAAUGAAGUCAGUAAUUAGCCAUUAGCAUUAGCCACAGGCCUCAAAGCUAGCACUCGCAUGCCCAGCUGGUAAAUAACGCUGUCUUGUGGUCUUGUUUCAGUACACGAUGGGACGUGUGAUCAGGGGACAGAGAAAAGGUGCGGGCUCCGUGUUCAAAGCCCACAUCAAGCACAGGAAAGGUGCCGCUAAACUCCGUCACAUCGACUUUGCUGAACGCCAUGGUUACAUCAAGGGGAUCGUGAAGGAUAUUAUCCACGACCCUGGCCGUGGUGCUCCCCUGGCCAAAGUGGCCUUCCGUGACCCGUACCGAUUCAAGAAGAGGACGGAGCUCUUCAUCGCUGCUGAGGGCAUCCACACCGGACAGUUCAUCUACUGCGGCAAGAAGGCUCAGCUCAACAUCGGCAAUGUCCUGCCCGUUGGCACAAUGCCCGAGGGAACCAUCAUCUGCUGUCUGGAGGAGAAGCCCGGCGACAGAGGCAAGCUGGCCCGCGCAUCAGGAAACUACGCCACCGUCAUCUCCCACAACCCCGAGACCAAGAAGUCCAGAGUGAAGCUGCCUUCAGGCUCCAAGAAAGUCAUCUCCUCUGCCAACAGAGCAGUUGUCGGUGUGGUUGCCGGAGGUGGUCGUAUUGACAAGCCCAUCCUAAAGGCUGGUCGUGCCUACCACAAGUACAAGGCCAAGAGGAACUGCUGGCCACGUGUCCGUGGUGUGGCCAUGAACCCCGUUGAGCAUCCCUUCGGUGGUGGUAACCAUCAGCAUAUUGGCAAACCCUCAACAAUCAGGAGGGAUGCACCUGCUGGUCGCAAGGUUGGUCUCAUCGCUGCCCGUCGUACAGGCAGACUGCGCGGAACAAAGACCGUCCAGGAGAAGGAGAACUAAAUCUGACUUUCUUGAUAAUAAAACGUGUUCCAAAAGAA